CCUUUGGUACGCUUUUCAUCUCUGCAUAAGUCGCAGUCAAGGGUAGACUCACUCAGCCAUGAGUGUUUACUUGGUGUUCUCCAACCAAAACAUGGGAAAAAAUAGGAGAGAGUUCAUUUUUCUCUGGAUAAUUCUCAUUUUCUUCUCAUCUAAAACCUCAGGUCUAACAUGCAGGAGGAGGUGUGGAAGUACAUUGGUAGAAUGCUCCUGCCAGGAAACCUGUUUGUCUUUGAAAAACUGCUGCUCAGACUACAACCAGUCCUGCUUCAAUGUGUCCCCCUACUCCAGCUCCAUGCUGGGUGGAAGAGCUCUCAGGAUCCUUGGUCUGACUCUUCCCUCUGAUGGGCAUCUUCUCUGCAGGUUCAAAGGUGACAUUGAACAGCGGGGGGUUAUUGAUGAAGAGGGCCGACCCUACUGUAUUUCCCCUCUGCUGCUUGAGACGGGUUGGAUCUCCAUUGAUGUCUCGACAGAUGGUACAAAUUUUGACAGAUCAGGAGAGUAUCUGUCCGUGUAUCCCAGCAAAGGAGAUCCUUCAUUUAAAGUCACCCUUGUGAAUUCAACACUGUGGCAGAACUAUGGCACUCCAAACAUGGCAGGACAGCUCAGGAUGACCUGGAACAGCUCUUUAGUUGGAUCAGAGAAGAUCGACGUGGAGCUGUGGGGUUACAGAGAGGUCAGCAGGACCGUGGCGGGGUCGUCCGCACCGCAGGCAGAGAUAAGAUACCUGUACUCUUUGGGUCGGAACAUUCCCAACACGGGUGACUUCAGCUUCCUCCCUGAACCCAGAGAAGAGUUUUCUUUGUGGGAGUUGGGGAAUAUUCGCAUCACUGCAAGUUCUAAAUCAGAGGGAGAAAGGAACCUGCAGGCCUUGUGGAGUGAAGGUCAUGUUUUGGCCUGGCACCUGUCGCAGGCCUUCAGAGAUGAUUCGUCCCGUUGGGCACAAAAGAAAUGUUUGCAGUGGGACAAUCUAGAGAAGAAGCUGCCUAACUUCCUGGAUGAGCUCAUCCCCUGUCCGUGCACACUGGCUCAGGCUCGAGCAGACACGGGGAGAUUUCAUACUGAUUACAGCUGUAACAUUGAGACGGGCAGUGUGUGUACUUACCACCCUGGUAGUGUCCAUUGUGUCAGAGCCAUUCAGGCCAGCUCAAAUCAUGGAUCGGGACAGCAGUGUUGCUAUGACCACAGCGGUGCUCUGGUCCUGAUGGGCGACUCUGUGGGUGGCAGCACUCCAGACCGUGCUCAUGACUGGGGCUCCCCCUACAGAGAGCCCCCUCGGGUUCCUGGGUAUUCCCACUGGCUUUAUGAUGUGACGAGCUUCUGUUACUGCUGCCUGUGGAGCGACCUCUGCCACAUCUACCUAAACCAUCGACCCUCCAGUGGAUGUCGCAGAUACCAGCCACCAAGAGCAGGUGUUGUCUUUGGGAAUCUGCAUUUUAUAACAUUUGACGGCCUCAGCUACACCUUCAGUGGCAGAGGAGAGUAUUACCUGGUGUUUUCAGGACACAGAGAGCUGAGAGUUCAGGCUAGAACAACACAACUAAAACUGAAGGAUGGCACCUUAGUCAAUGCUACCAAGCUAUCAUCAAUGGCCAUGAAGGAGAACUCCUCGGAUGUCAUUGAGGUACGAGCAGCAGGCGACCAACUUCAGGUGCUGAGGAACCAGAAGAUCCUGCCUUUUACGGAUCAAUUAUGGAUGACUCUGCAAGGUGUCUUUGUAUUUGCUCCCUGUCCUCAGAAUGUGACAGUGACCUUCUCCUCUGGUGCUGCUGUGGAGGUCCGUCUCUACGAAGGAAAAGCUACCGUGCUGCUCCCAGUAGAGUUUUCCAAUCACACCCUGGGUCUCCUUGGCCAGAUGAACUCUGAUCCAUCGGAUGACUUAAUGACCCAAUCUGGAAAGGUCGUAUCCUCAGCUAAUUCCACGCCAGAGGAAAUCUUUACAUUUGGGGCUGGAUGGAACAUAUCAAAGAUGUCUUCCCUUUUCACCUAUGACUCCCAGUACCUUUUGGAUUCAUACUUUUUUCCAUCGAGCCACGACACUGCUUUUGUUCCAGCCUUUCCUCUGCCUCUGAAACCUGAUGACCCCUUGGUAGCAGACAUGUUGUUGAUGUGUUUGGGAGAAGGGGCGCAGUUCUGUAUACAUGAUACCCUUAUACCUGAGAGCCUGGCGGUGGGAAACGCCACACUACGGGCCCAUCAACAUCAUCAGGAUUUAAUGGAAGCCCUGGAGCCAGUGGUAUCAUGUGGCUGGCUUCCCACACCCAGGAACGGCAAGAAGAAUGGAACAAAUUACCUGCAGGGGGAAACCCUGGGCUUCACCUGCAAUGAAGGAUAUAUACUGUACAGGUCGACAGAGCGCACCUGUCUAGCGGAGGGGAAGUGGACAGGAAAGCAGCCGUACUGUAUUACAGAUGACAAACUGGGGUUUAUACUUGGGGCUUGUGGAUGCCUCUCAGCAUUAGUCACCAUGACAAUAACAAUAAAACUACACAACAGAAAACACACCAGCCAGAGCAGCUUGUUAUCUUAUGAGACCUGGUGCAUAGUGAUACGUCUUCCUCCCCUCCCAUUUCGCUUCAAGACACCUUUUUGCUGUGCAAGCAGAGAGAUACCCUGUGGGAUUAUACUCAUGACUGCAGUCCAGAGGAACAAGAGGCCAACAGUGGCGAAAAGAUAAAGAGGAACCUCUGGAGAUGGUGGGCCAGGCACAGACCUGAGUAACCUUACAAACCCUCUUGGAUUGUGGAGGAUUGCUCUGAAAAGUUUGCUUUGAACGGAGCAUUUGGAAAUAUCUUCCCUUUUUUAUUUUAUUUCAUUUAGUUCUUUUGACCCAUAGAUGUUAUCAGAAAAUCCUCAGGCAUUAAGUUUCAGGCAUGCUGCUUGGCCUCAUGUUUACCCUCUUGUUUAGUCUGGUGGAACUCCAGGUUGUGGCAAAUUGUGCGUGGAGCUACAACUUAGGCAAUUGAAGUGAGGGAAGAAAAACAAGUGAAAAAAUGUUCAUAUCACAGAUUUGCAUGACCAAACGGUUGAACUUGUUUAGAAAGAAAGUUGUCAAUGCUACACAGAUAUCAUCUUUACCAGCAACACUCCUUUCUUCCUGCUGGUUUAAAAUGGGAACAGAUGUUUUCAUGCUCACGUCAACUGCGAAGCGAACCUGAUCGUUUUUCGGGUGAAAAACUUUGAACUUGUACACAUGGUUUGUGUGGCCUCAUCUCCUUCAGUCAAACGAAGGGUUUUGCUGAGUGACUAUGACCAAAAAAAAAAGAAAACCUCUCCAGUGUAACAUAAAGGUCAGCCUUUUGCC